AUGUCGGGUGGCCAGGGCGGCGCCACCGCAUUCGCCUUCGGGAAGCACCGCGGCCGCACCUUCGACGAGGUGCGCCGGCAGGAGCUGGCGGCGCGCGACGAGGGGGUGGCGCGAGCGCGGCGGCGUUCUCGGAAGCUCGAGGAUCCUCGCUACGUCCAGUGGGCCCGGAAGGAAGCGCGGACGGGGGCGCUGGGCGACUUCGUGGCGUACUGCGACGCGGCCGAGGGGCGGCCGCCGCACGGCGCCCCCGCCGCCGCGCGGCCGCCCCUCGGCGGCCCCGCCGCCGCGGGGCGGCCCUCGGCCGGCGGCGCCCCCGACGGCCGCAGCCCGCCGCAGAAGCGGGGGAUCGACGGCGGCACGGACCAGGCUGGCGCGAGCCCGUCCCCCAAGAGGAGGCUUUCGACCGCAUCCACGGCGGCGUCAAGCCCAACGGCUGGCGCCGCUGCUGCCGGGGACGGCCCGCGGACGUGCGAGAAGUGCGAUUCGGAGAACCUGCCGUUCCCAGGUGCUUUCCGCUGCGGCCCGUGCUGGCGCGAGCACUUCCAGAGCGUCGACGAGCCCUUCUUCUUGCGCUGCCCGGUCACCGAGAAGGAUGAGGCGAAGCGGCGGGGGGCGUGGUGGCACCCGGAGAUGAAGAAGUGGUACGUGCCGGCCGGCAGAGACAUCUCCCUGCUCGAGCGCUGGUUCGUGCGGUGCGCCCGCUGCGGUGAGGGGCUCAGCGACCACCCGCGCAUGAGGUACAACCCCGGGAGCCAGGCAGACCCCCCGGCGUGCCGCCCGGAGUGCGCCUCCGACCGCCUGCAGCGGGAGGAGGCGGAGCUGGAGGAGCGCGAGCGCCAGGAGGUGGCCGAGAUGCAGCAGCAGCAGAAGGAGGAGGCGGAGCGGCGGAGAGAGGCCAUGAAGAAGCGCAUCAAGGCCGACUAUCUGAGCUCUCUGCGCGCGGAGGCCAGGGCGAUCCAGGACAUGAUCGCGGCGAAGAACGAGAGGAUCGCGGCGGAGGACGGCAGCGCCGGGGUGCCGCUCCAGAUUCCCGCCGGUGGCCUUGUGGAUCCUACGUUAAUCAGAAGCUGGUUAUAA